AUGAAUCACGACUUUUUCGAUACAGAUAAUGAUGAGAAUGUAUUAUUCGACAGUGAUACUUCAACAGAAAAUAGUGAACAUGUUAAAAAAUCACAAACUAUACUUCAUGAGUAUCAGAAAAAGCCAUCAAAUAUACAAUCAGAUUCACCUUACAAUUUUAAUGAUUAUUUAGAGAUCUAUGAACGUAUAUAUACAUUUCAUACACAAGGUGAACACCAGAAAUGGCAAGGAUUGUUCGAUGAUAUCAUUAAACAAUCUACAACACCCUAUAAAUUACUCUAUAUGUUUUUGGAUCAUACUUUAAGUACAACAAAUAAUAAAAAACAUCGAUUGAUAAUACCAUUGAUUGAACAAUUUAAACAGAUAAAAAAUUAUGAUCAAAAUCCACAUUUAGAUGAUACAAUUAAAUAUAAUAUCUUAUCAAAAAUUUGUCGUCGAUGUAUAUUUAGUCAAUUGGAAUCAAUUGUUGAUAUAUUUGAUUUACGUUCAACAGAUAAUCGACAACUAGUUAUUGAUUUUAUCAAUGAACAAAUAGAACAACAUCAAGAUAUUAUAUUUAUAUCACAAAUGACAAAGAUUUUAAAACUUCUAGAAAUUGAUGCAAUACAAUUUGAAAAAAUUGUUCUACCAUUAAUAUUGAAAUUACAAUGGGAAACAAUUAGAUUUGUUGUUGGCGACGAUAAAAUACUUCAACGAAAAUUAUUAAAAACAAUCGAUGAUCUUAUUUCAACAGACGAAACAACUGUUCGUCAAUUAUUUAGUCAAUGUUUAAUUAAUACAAAUACAAAUUUCAUUGAUACUCGUAGUGUAAAACGUGCUGCAAGAAAAUUACUUAAACAAUAUGAUUUUAGUUUACAUGAAUUUCCAAAUUUAGCAGCACAAGAAAAACUAAGUUUUCUCAAAACACUUUUUGUACGAAAAUAUUUAGAAAAUAAAAAUGGUGGCGGUGGCGGUGAUGAUGAUGGUGAUGAUGAAUCAUGGAAAGAACAGAUUACAGAAUUAAUACAUGAUAAUCAUGAUUUACAAGUAAAAUUAGUUGAUUUAUUUGUUGAUUAUACUGAUAUUGAUUCAGCUGUUGAAUGGGCUCGUUUUUAUAAUCUUGAAGAUUUUGAAUUAUCUGUACAAGUCAAAUUUCGUCGUCAAGAAAUUCUUCAAGAUGAUAUUACAUCUCAAUCAUAUUCACUUAAAUCAUCAACAUGGUUAACUAAACAAUCAGAAGAUAAUAUUUACAAACCAACUGUUCUUGCAUCCGAUAUUGUUUAUAUUGAAGUUGAUUCUGAUGUUGAUUCAUUCUUAAAUCGUUUAGAAUGUGCUCGUUGUGAUGUGGGUUCACAUUUACCAUUUGUUGGUUUUGAUUGUGAAACAUUUAUGGAUCCAACACAACGAACACUUAAUUCUCAAAUAGUAUCAAUUAUUCAAUUAGCAAGUUCAAUAUUAUCACGUGAUCAAUCUUUAUAUGGCAUAUUUGAUAUGCUUGCACUUCGUUUACAAUUUGAUAUGAAAACUUUAGCUGAAUUUGCUCAACGUCUUUUUUGUUCACAUGAUUUUAUUCUUUUAACAUAUAAUUAUGCAGGUGAUACAUCAUUUUUAAUUGAAAAUUAUCCUUCAAUGAGUGAUGCACUUAUGCAAGGAACAGCUGUUAUUGAUUUAUUUCGUGUACAACAAUACAUUUGUGAACAUUAUCCUGAAGUAUUUCCAUAUCAUAAUGUUUCAGCGAAUUUAAAAUCUCGUGGUUUAAGUGAAUUGGUUCGUUUAUGUUUUGGUAAACCACUUGACAAAUCAUUGCAAACAAGUGAUUGGCGAAAGAGGCCAUUGAAAAAGUCACAACUUAUUUACAGUGUAUUAGAUUCUCGAGUACUUGUUGAUAUUGCAAUGUUAAUUGAAGAACGUACACGAACUUUACAAAUUUCAUGGUCAUGGUCAGAUUUUAAAGGUGCACCUGUAACAGCAAUUAAAGUUCUUCCUAAGCAUCGAAUAUGUUUAGCUGGUACUGGUCCUUAUGUUCUUGCUUUUGAUUUAACAACAAAUCAACAAUUAUUACAAGAGAAAAUUUUAGUAGAUUCAGUUGUGCAUGGUUUUGAAGCUCGUCAAAUAAUAAAUGAAACGAAUGAUUCUUCUUAUAUCAUCGUUGUUUUUGGUCAACGAACAUUUUCUAUUAUUCAAUGGUCUUCAAUAUCCCCAUCCGUAUUGAAAACAAUAAUACCUCAAACACAAUGUCCUUCUUGGAUUAUAAGUGCUCUCAUAGUUCAUCUUGAUCGUUCAACUCAAUUACCUACAAUUCUAUUUGGUACAGCAUUAAAUCAAAUAUACCGUUAUAAUAAAUCGUUAGAAUUGAUUCAAUCAUUAAAUUAUACAACACUUUAUUCAUCAUGUCUUUUUCAUCAUACAAAUGAAACAGUAAUAUUUGCUGCAGGUACAGUUUUCGGUGAAUUAUUUCUUUAUGAACAAGAUUCAAAUAAUUAUUUUCAUGAAAAAACAAAUGUUUCUGAUCAUAAUGGUGCUAUCUUUGGAAUAACUUAUUAUAACAAUCUUCUUUGUACUGUUGGUGAUGAUCGUACAGUAAAGUUAUAUAAAUUUCAGGAUUCUCUUGAAUUAUUAUCUUCAUUUUUCGCUCAUGACGCUCGUAUAUGGCAAUCAAGUUUAACAUCAACAAAUAUUUUAACAUGUGGUGAAGAUUCUUCUAUACGUUUAUGGUCACAUAAAUCAACAGGUGAAAUAUUACGAAGUUUUUCUGUACAUCGAUGUAAAAGUGUUUGGUGUAUGGAUAUAUUAAGAGGUGAUGAUAAUGAUGAUAAAUCUUUAAUUAUUAUCAGUGGUUGGAGUGAUGGUGGUGUACGUCGAUAUCAUCUUGAUGAUGUACCUAUUGAUUCACAUCGAACAAUUUUAUUAAAUAAAUCUUUAGAAAAUGAUUUUCCUCGAAAUAUUAUUUUUUUUAAUUCUUUAAUUAUGAUUGUUUAUAUGAAUAGUGGACAAUUAUUAAAAAUCGAUAAAGACGAUAUAACAUUAUUUUAUGAUGGAAGAAAUACAUUAAAAAAUGGAUAUGCAAAAAUGAGUAUGUCUAAUGAUGAAAAUGAAUAUUUAUUAGCAGUUGGAUCAUUAAAUGGUUUUGUAUUUAUAUUUGAUCAUAAUGGGAUAAUAAAAAAUCAAUUUCAAAUAGAAACAAAUAAAAAUAAUAAAAUUCUACAAAUUCUAUGGUUAAAUAAUACAUCAUCAUCAAAAUUACUUGUUUGUAUACCAGAUGGCAUAAUGUUUGUUUAUAAUAUAUCAAAUCAACCAGCAAUAUUAGAACAUCGUUUAGAAGUAUUACCUGAGUUUGAACAACGUUGGCCAAAUACAUGUUUAUAUCUUCAACAAUACAAUAUAUUACUUGUUGGUGAUCGACAAGGAAAUAUUCUUUCAUAUGAUUUAAAUAAUAAUUUAAUUUAUCAAAAAGUUGAACGUUUACAUGGUAUUAAUGGUACAUCAUCACUUGAUAUUGAUAAAAAUACAAAUCUUAUUCGUUCAUGUGGUCGUGAUGGUUACAUAAAUAUAUUUUCUAUAAACAAUGACCAACGACAAUUAAUUCAUCAAUCAACAUGUACAAUAACAUCCGAUAUAACAUGGCUUGAUCGACUUAUAGAUAAUCCAUCACUAGUAACAUGUUUUACGACAAAUAAUUUUUGUCUUUAUACAUUAGAUGAUCAAACAAAACGACGAUUAAUGCAAGUCGAAUGUGGUGGUGGUCAUCGUAAUCAUGAUUUUCUUCUCGAUAAAAAUUCCAAUGCUUAUUUUGUUUAUAUACGAAAUAAACAAGUAUAUUUAGCAGAAAAAAAUCUAAUGAGAAUAUUAAAUGAAUCAACAUGUUUAUCAAUCAUACCACCAACACAUGGAACCGAAAUUCGUUGUGUUAAAUUAUUUCAAUCAAAUAAUCAUUUUCAUAUGAUUACUGGUAGUGAAGAUACACAAAUUAAAUUAUUUACAUUUCAGACAGAAAAAUUCAAUGCGAAAUGUGAACAUAUUUCUACAUUACAAUCUCAUUUAUCAGCUGUUUGUGAUAUAAUUGUAAUUGAUAAUUUAUUUUUUUCCUGUGGUGCACGUGCACAGCUUUUUGCUUGGCAAAUGAAAAAUAAUAUUGUUAUUCGAACAGGUUAUUUUAUGCUUCAUCCAUUACGACGACGUCAUGGCGGAGGUGGAAAUAUAAACGAUGAAACGAAAAAAGACAAUCACGACGAAGAUCAUGGAUUAGAUGUAAGAUUUACUAGCGUUGCAGCUAUGUCUCUCGCUGAAAAUGGAAAUUAUUUAUUAUUUGUCACCGGAUCAGACGCUAUAUUACGUGUCUUUCGUUAUACAACAGUAUCAAAUCGUUUUUCUUUAAUUCAAACAUGUUCACAUUCCGAAUAUUGUCAAUUACGUGUUAAAGUGUAUUCAAAUAGUUCUAUUGCAUUUGUUUCAUCUACUGAUGGUCUAUUAUGUGCAUAUGAUAUGUCAUCAUUAGAUUCUUCCAUUCGUUCAACAACGUUUAAAGUUCAUCAAUCAGGAAUCAAUGAUUUUGAUAUCAUCGAAAUAAAUCAAAAUAAUCUUCUUCGUUUAGCAAGUGUAGGUGAUGAUGGGUCAGUACAUGUUUCUAGUUUUGAUAUUAAAAAUUGGAUUUGGAAACGAGAAUAUUCCAAAGAUUGUAUUCAUCAAUCACCAGCUACAGGUAUUCGUUUUCUAAAUUCAACUAGUUUUAUAUCAAUUGGUAUUGAUCAAAGACUGAAAUUAUGGACAAUCAAAAAUGAUGAACAAGUUUUAGAGUUAACAAAAAAUUAUUUAGUUGAUAUUCGUGAUAUUCUUUCCAUGGAUAUGAUUUUUUGUGAUAAAAAAAGAGAAUUUACUAUUGUUAUAGUCGGUGCUGGUGUUCAAACAGUUCAAUUUGAUUUAACAAAUUGUUUGUUUUAUUCAUAG